AUGCACAUCUUAAUUAUUGGCUGCGGGCUUGCUGGCCUCACCAUAUCUAUUGCACUUGCAAAAGGAGGUCAUACUGUGGAGAUACUGGAAAGUUCUGAGCGAAUCUCAUACGUUGGAGCUGGUAUUCAGGUCACACCAAAUUCUUCAAGGAUUCUUCGUAAGUUGGGAAUCGAUUCAUAUAUUGAGAAGUAUUGUACAAACCCAGUGGAUUUGAGGAUGAUGCGCUGGAAAGAUGGUCAGAUUCUUGUCGAAUGUCCGUUGAAAGAGCCUGCGAAAAAUGAUUACAUGUCUCCAUAUUGGCAUGUUCAUCGUGCGGAUCUUCAUCGUGGAUUACUUGACGCUGCGACGAAUGUUGGUUGCAAAAUUCGAUUGAACAGUCGUGUCGUCAAUAUUGAUCCUUCCUUGCCCGCGCUUUCCACGCAAGAUGGCAAAAUUUACUCUGCGGACUUGAUCGUCGCAUCUGAUGGUCUACAUUCAAUGGCCCGCGAAAUCAUUCUAGGCAGAGCUGGAGCACCCAUCCCAACUGGUCAAAUGGCAUAUCGUGUAGUACUGCCAGCCAAAAAGCUUGAAGGCAUUCCUGAGUUGGAAGAGAUUAUCUCCGUUCCUCGAAACAAUCACUGGCUUGGUCCUAAUGCGACCAUUUUAUCAUAUCUGCUGGAGGGAAAGGAGGAAAAACUAUUGAAUCUUGUCUUCACGUGUGAUGCAAAUAUGCCGGAUGGAACAAACCAACGGGUCCAAAGCAGUGCAGAGCUUCGAGACAGAUUCAAAGAUUGGGAUACAAGAAUUGGAAUCAUCCUUGAUCAUGUGGAUACCGCUUUAGAAUGGAGGCUGUAUACUCAUGAAGAACUAGACAACUGGGUUCAUAACUCAGGAAAACUUUGUCUGAUUGGAGACGCAGCCCAUGCUAUGACUCCUUAUCUCGCGCAAGGAGCAGCCAUGGGUAUCGAGGAUGCAGCUAUACUUGGCGCGCUUCUGGAGAAGUUUCCUACUAAGGAUUCUCUUCCAGAAGUAUUAUCGAUGUACUGUAAUCUUCGACGAAAGCGGACUGCGAAGGUUGCUAAAGCCUCAAUCGAAUCACGAUACUUUACACAAAUGCCUGAUGGAGAUACGCAAAAACUCAGGGAUGAAUAUCUGUUGACCCAUCCUGGUAUUUGGCAAGGACAUAUGAAUAUACGGUCUCGGCAGGAAUUCUUGGAUGAACUAUUUGGUUAUGAUGCCUACAAAACCUUGGACCAUAUUUCUGCAGUACUUUGA